UGUACAUGCCGGCCAUUGUGUUUUUGAAAUUUGAGCGAUUAGUCUACUUGCGGUAAGUAUUAUUUUAAUUGUAUAAUAUUUUUACAUUUAUUGUAUGUAAUUAGGUUUAGAAAAUAUAUUUCAGAUUUCAACAUGGAUUUGGAUGAAGUGUUAAUAGAGGAAGUGCGCAAUUGCCCCCUUAUUUUUGAUGUCUCGCACAGAGACUAUAAAAAUUUAAGAAAAAAAGAAAUGACAUGGAAACAAAUUUCAACAAACACAAGGUUGAGCGAAACAGAAUGCAAAAAGAGAUGGAAGAGUCUCCGAGACUCUUACAAGCGAUGUAAACGCAUGGAGCAAGUCGCUUCCGGGAGUGGCCAACAAACUCCUCGGAGAAAAUGGCGUUAUCUGGAAGCAAUGUCAUUUAUGGAAAAAAUUCCAAAUUCAAGGCGUACUAUUAGCAGCAUAAGCGAAGAUUUCGAAAGUGUCCAAGACAAUAUAAUUAUAGAUCAUUUAGAGGCAUCAACAUCAUCGGCGACAAUAGAAACGUCUCAGCCGGCAUCUUCGGAUGGACGUGGACAAAAGAAAAAGAACGGGGAUGCGUUCGCAAAAUUCCUUGAAACGGCAGGCGCGAGCAUAUGCACAAUGAUUAACGAAUCACGAUCGCGUAAAACCAAUUCAACCGCACAACAUUUUGCAUCCUUAGCUACAAAAAUUUCGGAAGCCGGCCUUCCGCCAGAAAUGGUGACAAAUAUCGAGGCAAAAGUGUCGGCACUAGUGUUUGAGGAAAUCAGCAAUUUCUAUUUGGGGUAUUUGGGGUAGAUUAAUUAAAAAUGUGAUAUAUAGACUGAUGAUAGACUGA